AUGUCAAAAUAAAUUGAACAGAGUGAAAAGUGUCGCUACCGGAUUUUUUGGUUUUGGAACAAGCUGAACGAACGGCGUAAAAUAAUCUGUAUUAUUUGUAGAAAUCCUUUAAGUUAAAAGUUUCUAAUUAAUUACAUUUAGUUUAAUUCGGUGGUUUUUAUUAAAUACUAAUAUUAUUUCUGUUUUACUGAUUCAGUGAGAAAAAGUCGAAAUUCCAAAUAACUAUUGUAUCGAGUAGAUAGAGGACAGUCGUUGGGCGUAAAAAGAAAAUGGCGUGUGCAACUCUCAAAAGAAAUUUGGACUGGGAGUCCAUGGCGCAAAUGCCUGCUAAAAGGCGGAGAUGUGCUCCAUAUGCUGCAAGUGCAAAUACAAGUCCAGGUCUUAAAAUGUCUGAAAGUAGACCUUCAACAUUUGGCGAGUCCGUCAGUGCACCUGCAAAACUGACCCCAGAGCGUAUGGCACAAGAGAUAUGUGACGAGAUCAAGCGGCUGCAACGCCGCAGACAACUGCGACUCGCGAGCGGCGCGGCCGCGUCCUGCUCCUCGUCGAGCGGCAGCGAGGGCGAUUGUUCACCACCACACCGCUCCACUCACAACACACAGAAGGUCCACAAUCGUGCUUUGUUCACAUUUAAGCAGGUGCGCAUGAUCUGCGAGCGGAUGCUGCGCGAACAGGAGGCGGCGCUCCGGGCGGAGUACGAGACUGCGCUUAGCUCGAAGCUCGCCGAGCAGUAUGAUGCCUUCGUGCGCUUCAACCUUGAUCAGGUGCAGCGCCGGCCCCCUCCCGCAACUUGCAUGCCCCAUGGUAUGGAUGCCGAACAUCAUAUGCAUCAGGAUCUCGUCCCAAGCUAUCUGUCCUAAUAAUAAUGAAGAUGGCAGCGCGGUGUAGACUGCAAAAUAUAUCAAGACAAACAUAUUUUGGUAUAUGUGAAUAAUAUAUGCGGGGAUAAAAGUGCCCUAUUGAAUCACAAUAUGUGAUUGCUUGUGGAAUUUAUCUAUAAAUAAUAUUGUGGAGUCUGUAUAGAACAGUUUGGUGUGAAUAUUGAAUACAGUAUUAUAAACUAUAGUUUCCUAAUUUUCAUAACUCGUUUUUGUUUCUGAUUAUGAAUGCCCAUAAAAAUUGUAUUGAAUUGUUAUCACAAUAUUGUCAUGGUUAAAUUCCACGGUUUCGUUCAUGCCACACAUAAAAGAAUUUAGCUUUUAAUGCUUUAGAUAAGGUUCGCUGGAUAAUUGUGUUCAUAGACUGAGUAUUGACAGUGGGUGGAAGGAAAAUGGCUGAAACUCGACACUAGGGCUUAGCCAUACUUCAUAAUAAAACGAGUUCGUUAACAAGAAAAUAUGUGUUACACAUAGACGAAUAUUAGAGCCAAGUGUCAACUUGUAUUUUGUAUAUUUUCUAAAUAUAAAAUUAACACAAAUGAUAAAUUCACGCAGAGUGCCUGUUAUAAAUGUUGUCAAGGAUCAUUUGCGAAGUAAUUAGCCAUAAUUUUUAUUUUAUAUUACUUUUAGUACUGUCGAAUUAUAGUUGUAGUUUAUAUGUAUCAUGCUACUUUAUAAUUUCUUGUCUACAAACGAUGUACCCGCAGGUUGAUUGAUGUACACGUCCUUUCUUAUGGCAAGACGGCCUCAUGUAUCAGACAGUUUGGGAACACUUGUCUCACUAUUCUAUAAUAUUUACUCAUAUUUAUAUGAUCUUUGAUAUAAAUUACUGAUUUUUUUCUUAAAAUUACUCAUUUACUGAUACAUAAAUGGCUUUUAGAAAAAUAUAAAUUAGCUUUAUUUACAUUUUUAAGUUAUUUUUUUUCUCAAUAAUGUACUUGACUACUGAUAGUGUCGACGAAUACGACAAAGGCGGCAUGCAUGCGCUCCUGUGUGCAUUAUUGGGACUUUGUUUUAUAUUAAUUGUUAGUAUAACUUUUUAUUGAAUACAAAGGGAUAUAAUUUGUUACCAAGCAUUAUUCAAUGAAAAUAGGAUAGUUUCUUUUUUAAUUGUAUUAUCAGCUCACUAUUAGUAGGUUAUUGGCGUUUAAGAACUGAAAUAAAUUAGCUAAACACCCA